UUUCUUUCGUCUUCUUUUCCUUCCAUCAUUACAACUCUUCUUCCGCCGAUCUUUUGCUUCCGCCUUCUCUCACUUCCGAUUCCCUUUCACUUUUUCUUUCGCUUUAUCGCCUUUUGCUUUUUUCCUUCCGCUUCUUUUUCUUCUUUCUUCUUCUCAAGUCGGAGUUCCUCAAAAUUUUUGGUGUCGUCAACAACAUGAAAUCUGUCAAAAAAGAAGAUAUUUAUCUGCCUAAAUCUACUGGGAGUCAUAUCCCAUGAAGUUAUAUAUGAAAAAGAAGAUGGCUAUUCAUCUACCCGAAGUCAUCUACCGGGAGUCAUUUGAGCGGAAAUCAUCCAAAAAAAGAGAUUGGUGUUCCUUCCUUCAAAUUGAUCUUCUUCUUCUGGAAUCGUCUUAGCCGGAAUCCAGCCGAUUAUAUAUGAGAUCAAGGUUGUCAAUUUUCUUGGAAUAGAGUAAUUCUCUUAAAACCCUUUUUUUAUGUUGAGUUCUGAUGUUGAUCGUAAUUUAAUUACAUUAUCCUGUAUUAGAGUUUACAUUUGACCUGUAGUGAAUGAUAACAAGAAUAAAACUUUUGUUAGAAAAUGAUUGUGAUUUUUUAUUUCUUUAUUGUGGUUGUGGUUGGGGCUUCACUUAGUUGAAGAUCUAUAUCUAUGUAUUGUUCAAGACAAUGAUCAUCUACAUGGUUUAUUAUUCUAUUUUUUUAUAUGGAGAGCUUCGGAAGUGAAGUAGUUCCACAAAAUGAUGGUGUGCUCUUUUUUGCAUUCAAUGUCUCUUUUUUAGAAACACUCUAUUUGUUAAGAGACAUAGAUAUAUCUAAAUAUAAUAAAGUAAAUACAAGAGAUGUUAACAUCAUUCAUCCAAGUGUAUCACUUGGGAGAACUCUACAUGAUAUUAAAACAAUUAACACCAUUUUAGGAUAUACCGCUGUUGUAAACUGGCUCGAUGAAGCGGCUUUUUAUUAUUUCAACCUAAAAAUGAACUUUCACUAUUCCAGCAUGGGGCUAAUGGCCUUUCUAUAAUCUGUUGCCUUUUUCUUUGAACAUGAUAUUAGAAUAAACUAAUUGUGGAGGACCUAGAUAAUACUCUGGUCUGAAAUUAGUUUGGACUCUGAUGUAUUUUUGAUAUUGUUAUCUCAUAUUAUUUCAUAUAUCUAGCCACUUUACAUGUUUUUUAUGAAUGUUUUCUUAUAAAAGGCUCAACAAUGUAAAUUAAGAUGCUUUAGUCAGGAUAUCUUUUCUAAAGUUUGAGUUUUAUAUAUGGGAUGUUCUAGCAUCCUUACUACAGUUUUCAUACACAUUAAAUAGAGAUCAAUUUGAAAAGUUGCUUAAAGUUUUUUCUAAAAAUAUUAAUGGCCGUUUGUUUAGAUUUUAAGCCACCCUUUUUUGUUUUUCAAUUCUUCAUAUUGAUAGCUCUCUUUCUUAAACAAAAAAAAAUGAAUGAAAAGUGAAAAUGAAAGAAGGAUGUCUUAUGUUCGUUCUCUAAUUUGCACUAAUUAAGGGGCUUAGUUGUAGGUAUAUAGUUUGGUGAUAGUUUUAGUGUCUCGAGAAGCUUUGUCGGCCUCUCUCACCCGCAGUGGUAGAUGAAAUCGCCUUCGCUGUUUGAAGCCAUUAAUGGCCCGCACCUCGGGCCUUUGUAGCUCCUACGGAGAGCAGCCAAUCUUUUUCUUUGAUCUAAGCUUUUCCAUUCGAAUUGGUAGAUUCAAAAUUCUGUUCAUCAGGUUCUAAGUUAUGUCCCCAAUCACUUUUAUCUGCCUAAACCUUCUUGGGAUCAGUGUUUCAACUUGGUUGUGUGGCUUUUUCAAACAACACCUACUAUAGGUAAGGUAUUUUUUGACGAACUAACAUUCUUUUUUGGUUUUAGAUUAGAUGGCACUUAAGAAAUUACAUUUCUCAGUUUGUGUAAUUUAGUCAAUAAGACAAAAUUCCAUUUCAGCAAGUAAUGGUGUUGUUGAUUACUUUGUUAUAAUCACUGCAUUACUAUUGUACACAUCUCAUAUUCAUCACUCACCAUUUUAGCUUCCAUAUAAACCCCAAAUGUCUCAUCUCACUCGCUGCUUUCCUCGUGUUUUCUCCCGAUUCCGUAGCAAAUUAAACAAUCCUCUGUAAAAAACAACACAAGUUGCAGAACUUCUUGGAAGAACAAUGGAGGACAAUUGGCGGGGCUACUUCGUCCGACAUCCAUUUUCCCCGCGCUUUUGUCGCAUUCUUUUCUAACAGGUAACUGAAAUAAAGUUUCUGUGUUUUCUUCAUUUUUCGUUAUGUCAAAUAUCAGAGCUUUCACUCAAAUUCAUUUUUCACUUAAAUGCUAAAUUGUCAAAACUCAAAUUCAUAUUCAUUUCGUGAUGUUUUGACAUUGUUUUACAAAAUGAAUUUAAAAAAGACCUAUGUUUACUUGAUUUUGGUAAUCAUUUGAAUAUGUUAACGUGGCAUCUGCUUAUUUAUUUAUUUUUUAAAAUAUGGUUUUAAAUUCAGCUUUCUAUGAAUGGAAAAGUAAAGGUAAAUUAUUCCACACUGAGCUGUCGAGUUCAGAACUAGAAUGGGAAAUUUAUUUUGAAAUAAAGAAGGAAGAAUAUGGAUUUUAUUUAAGAUAAAAUUUAACAUGGGAAAUUGAUAAAGAACUCUUUAUAAAAAUAAAGAGGUCUUUAUUUUCUAUUUUGGUGCCCAAUGUUCUAAAAGACACUAGCCGUCCAUAGGCACUCGACAGUCACAAAAUAUUCUGGUAGAAACUUCAUGAACCACUCAAGUGUGCCUUGAGAGAAUCACCAUUUCAACUUUAUCUUCUCCCAAUAAGAAAGGAUGUUGUUUUAUGAAGCAAAAUCUAUAUUCUAUAGUAUUUGUAAUUUGGUACCCUCUAAUACUGCCUAUGUGAUGUUUGAUAAAAUGUUUAGAUCAUUUUUGUUUGUUUUAAUUUUCCUUUGAUUUUAAAUAGCAUCAUAGAAAAUAAACACUGAUGUCUUCAUAUGGCUCCUGCAACAUUGAUUUUCCUUUUCCCUUCAACAUUUGUGAUGAAGCAAUACAAAGUUCUAUAUCAAAUGGCAUCUGACUUAUUAGUAUUUCUAUUACGUCAGCCUCUGGUAUUAUGACAUCAGGUCUGUCCCUGCUUAUUGCUAUUAUUAUAUCACCAUAUGCAAUUGAGCGUUGGAGUUCAUAUGGUAAAAAACAGAAGUGAGGUAAAGCUCUGUUACCUCCUUCCUUUACUAAUUCUUCUUUCCCACUUAUGGAGUUUUCCGAACUUUUGUUUUUAGCCAUUUUAAAAACUACUCUGUUUAUUGGAACGGAAUCAAUUCUAAUGAGUUAAAAGUUGAAAGUGAACAAUUACUCAGUUAGAUUUUUUUGGUUUUGUUUUCUUAAUCUUCUUUCUUGAAUCCAGAAAUGCAAUGUGUUAGUAUUGGUUGACAUAACUAAAAAAAAUUACUAAGAUCAUGCAUUACAAAUUCUGAAAUAUACAUUUAAUAAAAUUUUGUAAACGUUUGGUUAAAAAAAUAACUUUGUCCCAUGAUUUAGCGAAGCUUAUAUAGUGCAACUCUUUUCCACUUCUUCUAAGGUACAAAACAUGUAUUUAGCUUCGGUUGGUAUAAUCAAAUAAACCUUAACAUACAUUUCUACGUUUACUUAUAAUAUUAGAUCACUAAAAUUAUUCCUCAUGAUCAUACCUUAUGAAUAUUGAUUCGUUAGUUAGUUCAUAAAUAAAAACAAGAGUUUCAGCUAAUGGAAUUCCAGCGGAUAAAAAGAUAAGUUUAACAACAUUUUUUCUCUUCUUUUUUGUAAGAUGAUUUGGUUUUGUUCACUUAUCCAGGAUUUUAUGAAUAAUACUUGAAACUGAUUUUGAUACCAGAAAAAUGUAUCCUUGAGUUUUAUUUUAUCUAUUUUAAUAUUUUUUUUCCAAUAUUUAAUAUUUUACGGAGUGUUCUUGAGUAUUAUUUUAUCCAUUUCAAAAAUCUGAGGGAGUGACAGUUUAGUUUU